UAUCUGGACCACUUGAUUUUUGGCCCCCAAGAUCUAUUGCCAGCUACGCUACUUCGGAUAUGUGUUUGGAAGCAAGGCAUGAUUAAAGAAUUUUCUGAGUUGGACUGUGUUCGCGGCCAUACUUUUGGCAAACAUCCUAUUUUGCCUUUCAAAUCUACUUGUUAUGCUCGCCGCCCUGGAGUUAGAACUCCUUCUCAUGUUUGUGAUGCCAGCGUUAUGAACUUCAAGAAUGAGCUACUGCAAAGAGUUCCAGGAACUUUCUCUCCACAGUCAUUGGAAGAUAUCACCGAUUUGUAUAAGAAGCAUGUUGCUGCUGCUCCAAAUGAGGUGUCACCUGUGGGAUUCUCCUGUGCAAACACCAGAAGACAAUGGGCAUCAUACUGAUGAUCAUCAUGAUAGCGUGGUGGGCGAUCGUCCUGUUUAAGCAGCAGAUGUUAAUGUGCAGCAUUCUGAUGACCAUGAUGAUAUUGUGGUUGGGGAUUUUCCUGAUCAAGGAGCAGAUGACAAUGGUGAACAUUUCGAUGAGCACA